UGGUAAAUAUGGCACAGACAAAUUUAAAUUUUUGAUGGUUGCCCGGAACUACAGUUCAUACUCUAGUAUUCAAUGUGAAUUUGUUUAUUAAGAGGGUCAAGUUUUGUUUCAAUUUUUACAAACUUACAAGUCACCGUGAUGUUUUCCACCAGUAAAGUUCAUGUAUUUCCGAACUUAGUUUACAAGUACAUUAGAUGUACAAGCAUUUUUUUUUAAAUGCCGCGCGCCACCGUCUUUUUUAUGAGAAAUAUCUUUGCGCUGUCAUUUGUCUUUUCUUGAGUAUGAGAAAGUCAGUUUGUUCUGUUUGUUUUGUUUACAUUUAUUAUCACACCGUCAGAUUUGAUUGAAGGAAACUCUCACUAUUUUGCUUCCUCUUGAUCUCAAUAGUUUAUUACGACGGUCUGUGCAAUGAGCAGUGGUUUAGCACCAAGUAAAAGCACAGUGUACGUUGGUAACCUCCCGUACUCUUUAACAAAUAAUGACUUACAUAAAAUAUUUGAAAAGUAUGGUAGGGUGGUCAAGGUGACUGUGAAAAAGGACAAAGUUACUCGUAAAAGUCAAGGUGUAGCUUUUGUAUUAUUCCUGAAGAAGGAAGAUGCUCAGACAUGUGCUCGGUCUCUUAAUGGUCAAGAAAUGUUUGGGCGACGUCUCAAGAGCAGUAUUGCCAUUGACAAUGGCAGGAGUACUGAAUUCAUCAGGCGUCGUAAUUACCCUGAUAAAAACAAAUGUUAUGAAUGUGGGGAGGAGGGCCAUUUAAGUUAUGCAUGUUCAAAAAAUGCUUUAGGCAAUAGAGAUCCGCCGCCCAAAAAAGAGAGGAAGCGCAAGAAAAAGGAGGAGUCUGCACCCGAUCCUGAGCGAGAUGAAUAUUUUGAUUCAGAUGAUGAUUAUGAAUGCAAACCAAAGCAGCCUUUGCCUAUUUCUCAAAGAAAUGAUGCAGAUGAGUCAGACGAAGAUGUUGAACCAGACCUAGAAACACUCAGUGCUGCAAUUCGUUUAACACAAGAACAAGUUGAAAGUGAACAAAACAGUCAAGAAUCAGAGAUAAGGCCAGUUAAGAAGAAAAUCAGGCCUAAUUCCUAUUUCAGCGAUGAGGAAGAUGUCAGUGAUUAGAAUCUAACUCACAUAAAACAGUUUAUUCAAUAUGUAAUAAAUUAUAUGUUUUGACAAUUUAUGUUAAGUUCAUACACUAUUUUUUUCUAAUAUUAAUAAAAAUGUGAAAACAUAAA